AUGACGUGGAGUUCCAAAAAAGUGUUUGAGGAAACUCAUGAUCUUGAGGUUGGCAAGGACGUUUUAGAAUAUAAUGCAGCGUCGAGUCAGGACAAGGCCAAGGCUAUGAUUUUCCUUCGUCACCAUCUGGAUGAAGGACUAAAGGUUGAAUACCUUACUGUGAAAGAUCCACUUGAAUUGUGGACUGAUUUGAAGGGAAGGUAUGACCACCUAAAGGCCACGAUUAUUUCCCAAUUGAAAUUAUGUGGGGAAACUAUAAAUGAUGAGGACAUGAUGAAAAAAAUACUAACUACUUUUCAUGCCUCAAAUAUAAUAUUACAGCAGCAAUACCGUGAAAAGGACUUUCAAAAGUAUUCUGAAUUGAUCUUAUGCCUUCUAGUGGCUGAGCAACAUAAUGCCAUUUUGAUGAAAAAUCAUGAAACUCAUCCCACUGGAGCUGCUCCACUACCGAAAGUAAAUUGGGUACAAGCACAUGGCCAGCCUGAAAGACGGCAAGAUCGGGGUUAUAAUAAUAUGUGUGGACGUGGCAAUGGCAGGGGACGAUAUAAUAAUCGUCGUGGUGGUGGACCUUCACAAAAAUAUGAUGACAAUGUUGAAGCAAACUUGGUCUUGAAAGAUGAUGAUUUUAAUGGUCUUGAUGAUAUAACUCAUUUGGAAGCUGAAGACUUCUUUGGAGACCAAAAUUAA